GGACUAAGCCUUGCUCCUGACUUUCUGCCACAUCUCUGCUCAAGUGUCACCUCCUCAGUGACACCCUGGUCACUCUGUCUAGUCCGUAAUCCCUCCCCAGCACUCUCUAUGCCCCUUAACUCUCCUUCUCAACUUAUUUUAUACAUCUAGUUGUGUGUUUACUGCUUGUCCCCCAAAGCAGAGACUUUGUCUGGUUCGUUGCUUGGGUGGCCCCAGGCCCUGAUCUCCCUCCUUCCUCUAGACCUUUACCUCUAUUUUCCCAACUGGGGCCGCCUUUUCCAUUUCUAGCAGCAAACUCCUGCUCCUCUUUAAGGCUCCAGCUCACAUGUCAUAUCCUCCGUGAGGUCCUCUCUGACUCCCCAGAUAGUCAGUGUCUCUCUCCUCUGGAACCCCCAACACAAUCUGACCACCUAAGCAGUGACCACCUAGGUCUGGAGACUCCUGGAAGUCAGGACGACCUGGCUGCCUGUCUCUGUGUCCCCAGCAAUGGUGAGCCUCAGUCAGCCUUAGAAACAUUUGCUGAAUGGCUGCAAAGCACAGAGCAGACAUCUCUGGCCUUGGGAUAGGCCCCACCCCUCCUGACCCUCCCACCUCUGACUUCACACCACCUACCCUCCGGGUCUUCAAUGCCCACUAUGACUUCACACAGUGAAAGACAACCAGGUGGUCGUCCAGGGCUUUCAUGUCCACUGUGACUUUCAGGACCACAAGCCCUUUUGUGCCCACCAUGCCUUCUCCACCUGCGAGAUCCUCAAAGCCCAGCAUGUCUCUGGCGUCCACUGGACCCUCGAUGCCCACAGUGUCUCCCAAGCCUCCUCCCUCCUUGAAGACCACUAAAUCAGCAAUGCCCAACAGCUCUUCAGUGCCCACUAAGCAAUCAACAGCCCCCAACUCAGUUAUGAGCCCCAGCAGUUCCAAGUCCACCAAAUGGGAAAGUACAAAGACAGCCCCUUCUAACCAGCCCAUCAGCAGGCCCCGAGUCCGCAGCAGGACAAGAACACCCAGCAAGGCCAGCACCGAUACCAGGGCCAGCAAAGCCAACAAAGCUGGCAGGGUAAGACGCCACCACCGGAAAGGCACAAACAGCCGGGGCAGAACUCCUGGCAGAAGGGAAAGUAACAAUUCCAAGAGGUCAUCCAGCAGGGCCAGCACUCCCAGCAGGAUGAGAACUCAGGGUGCCAAACGAGGCACACCCAGCAGAGUAAGAACUACUCCCCAGAAAAAGAGUGGGAAGAAGAGGUACAGCCGGCCUAGAACCAACAACCGGGAAAGGAGUGAGAGCCAGCCUAGAAAUAUGAGCAGAGAGAAGAGUGACUGUAGCCCAACAGGAACCUCGGCUAUGGGGAAGAGUUCCAAGCUGGCGGUAAUGUCCAAUAGGGCAAAGAGUUACAGCCCCACCAGAGCUCCCUUCGAGGAGACAGGUUACAGCCAGUUUCCAUCAUCAUUGAGGAGCGUGAAGAGUUAUAGUCAGAUGAUCACCCCCAGCAGGGAACGGAGUUAUAGCCCAAAUGCAAUGUCCAGCAUGGGCAAGAGUUACAACCAGGGUAGUGUACCCAGCAGGACUCGAAGUCGCAGCCAGUCUAGCACCCCUAGCAGGACCCGAAGUCAUAGCCGGUCUAGAACACCCAGAAGGGCAAGAAGUCGCAGUAGGAAGAGGACCCACAGCAGGGUGAGAGAUCCGAGUUGGAACAGAAAUCAUAGCAGGGCAAGGAGUCGUACCCGGAAGGAAACUCCCAGCCAGAUGAGAAGACAUAGCCAGUCUAGAAGCCCCAGCAAGGACAGAGGUAACAGACGAUUUAGAACUCCCAGCAAGGAGAGAGAUCACAGCCAAUCUAAAACCUCCAACAAGGAAGUAGAUCACAGCCAAUCUAAAACCUCCAGCAGGGAAGUAGAUCACAGCCAAUCUAAAACUGAAACCUCCAGCAAGGAAAUAUACCACAGCCAAUCUAAAACCUCCAGCAAGGAAAUAGAUCACAGCCAAUCUAAAACCUCCAGCAAGGAAAGAGAUCACAGCCAAUCUAAAACCUCCAACAAGGAAGUAGAUCACAGCCAAUCUAAAACCUCCAACAAGGAAGUAGAUCACAGCCAAUCUAAAACUGAAACCUCCAGCAAGGAAAUAUACCACAGCCAAUCUAAAACCUCCAGCAAGGAAAGAGAUCACAGCCGAUCUAGAAGCUCCAGCAAGGAAAUAGAUGACAGCCCAUCUAGAAGCUCCAGCAAGGAACAAGAUCACAGCCAAACCAGAAUCCCCAGAAAAGAGAGAUCUCACAGCCAAUCUAGAACCCCCAGAACAGAGAGAGGCCGCAGUCGAUCUAGAACUCCCAGAAAGGGAAGUGAUCACAGCCAAGCUAGAACCUCCAGCAAGGGAGAUCACAGCCGGUCUAGAACCCCCAGCAAGAGCAAACACAACCUAUCUACAAACCCUGGAAGUCCCAACUGGAAAGGAUCCCCUAGCAGGGUACAGAGUCCCAGUCAGAACAGAAUACCUAGCGUGACAAGGAGCGAUUCCCCCUCAAGACUUUUCAGCAGAGCCCCAAUCCCAAGCCAGGAUGAUAUUCAAGCCAACACCACCGCCUCUAAAGCCAGCUCACCUGGAGAGAGGUCUUCAUCAUCAUCUUCCAAGCUGGCAUAG